CACGGCCCUCUUUUAAACUUCCUGGGGGACGAGCGAAGGGACCCGGACGAAUCGAAGGAAAGGGGCCAAGAUUGAGCUCGGAGAAUACACAUUUUUACACAUUAUUCACCCCAGAAAGACUGCCGUCAAACCGAAGACGAGGUGCAACACGGAAAGCCAAGGUCUUGACUGCCCGAGAACGUCAGAAAAUAAAGAAAAUGGCGGAGCCAGACAAAUUAAACAUCGAAUCUAUAAUUCAGCGUCUGUUGGAAGUCAAGGGCUCUCGACCAGGGAAGAAUGUCCAGCUGACAGAGGGUGAGAUCCGUGGGCUUUGCCUGAAGUCCCGCGAAAUCUUCCUCAGCCAGCCAAUCCUGCUCGAACUCGAGGCUCCCCUCAAAAUCUGUGGUGACGUCCACGGUCAGUACUACGAUCUGCUCCGGCUGUUUGAAUAUGGAGGCUUCCCCCCAGAAAGCAACUACCUGUUCCUGGGUGACUACGUCGACCGAGGGAAGCAGUCGCUGGAGACCAUCUGCCUGCUGCUAGCCUACAAGAUAAAAUAUCCAGAGAACUUUUUCCUGCUGCGCGGAAACCACGAAUGCGCCUCCAUUAAUCGAAUCUACGGCUUUUAUGACGAGUGUAAACGACGGUAUAACAUAAAGCUCUGGAAGACCUUCACAGACUGCUUCAACUGUUUACCUGUGUCUGCCAUCGUAGAUGAGAAAAUCUUCUGCUGUCAUGGAGGCCUUUCUCCUGAUCUCCAGUCCAUGGAGCAGAUCCGCAGAGUUAUGCGGCCCACAGACGUGCCUGACCAGGGUUUGCUGUGCGACCUGCUGUGGGCUGAUCCAGACAAAGAUGUGCUGGGCUGGGGUGAAAACGACCGCGGCGUCUCCUUCACAUUCGGGGCAGAUGUGGUGGCCAAAUUUUUGCACAAACACGACAUGGACCUAAUAUGCAGGGCACAUCAGGUGGUAGAAGACGGUUAUGAGUUUUUCGCUAAGAGGCAACUCGUCACCUUAUUCUCCGCCCCCAACUACUGUGGCGAGUUCGACAACGCCGGUGCCAUGAUGAGCGUGGAUGAGACACUCAUGUGCUCCUUUCAGAUUCUGAAGCCAGCAGAUAAGAAAUUGUAUCCUUAUGGCGGAGGGGGAGGGAUGGGAUCUGGGAGACCGGUCACCCCGCCACGAAAUUCGGCCAAGGCUGCCAAGGCAAAGAAAUAACAGCCGUUGGAUUCCCCUCCCACAACCUGCCUCCCCUCUGUCCGCAUCACACUUUUCUUUAUUUUUUAUUUUACUUUCUCCCAUACCUCCCCAAAACUUGUCUUUCCCUUGUCAACAAAGCAGCAGUGUCCAGGGUUCAAUCACGGUUUUUCUCUCGAAAACAAUUUUUAACUGUUUGUUUGGCUGUUUGCGUGCACUUUUUUGUGUGAGUGUAAAAAAAAAAAAAAGUAGGAAUGAUUCUGAGGGAAUUGCUGUAUUCUGUAUGUAUGUUUUUUUUCUUCUUUUUCUCCUGUACCUGCUGUUCUGUUUCACUGUCAUUUUGUAGAGAUGGGUUCUUGCCCAUCUGUGAUGUAAUUGCAAUCCUGGGUGAAGGGGAGGAGGGGCCGGGGGGAGCGAGGAAGAGGAGUCUUAGCUGUUUAUGUUAAGGCUCUGCACUGUUUAAUGCUAAACACAAGCUUUUGUACAUCCUGUUUCAGAGGUCUGUGUAUGUCUGUGAUACGGGGGAGGGGAGGGGGGUUGGGAUCAAGUUGCACGGUCAAACGGUAACGGCACAUACCACACACACACACACACACACAGGUGCAUAUAUGUGCAGCUGAAUCCUUCAAUGAGAUGGAUUCACACAUUUUUCUUUUCCCUUUCGUAAACCAAUGAUUUAAAGAACGCAGUCAUGGAUGUGAAAUAGCUGAUUGCUUCUUUGUUUUAUUUCUUCCCUUUUUUUCUUUUGUAGAUACAUGAAACCAACAUGGUUUGAUUUCUUUCUUGUUUUUAGUUCACUGCAAGUUGAAGAUGAAUAAAAAUAACCAUUCAUUUGAAAUCACGCCAUCAUGCCGAUCACUUUGUUUGCCAUUGCUUUGUCCCGUUUGUCGAACCUUUCCCCGCCCGGUGGCUGCGCUCGUGUCUCCGCUUCGCUCGAAUGGCAGCGCAGCGGCUGGAGGAGGCUGGCCGAUCCCACCCGCUGCACACAGAAGCUGCAGCGUCUCAUGUUGGCCCAGUUCCUAGUCCAUUCAAGCUGAGGGGCGUCUCACAUGCUGCUUCAGUUUGAUUUCGCCAAAGAGGACGUUCGGUGACUAAGAGAGGCGAGAGCGGCCCAAGCUGGUCUCACCCAGAUGUUGCCUGUUUUUAAACCCCCCAGAAAUAGAUAUUUUGGUUAGGAUUGUUCUUCAAAUGUGUUUCUCGUGUUUUUCCUCAUGAUUGUUGGAUGAUUAUGAAGCGUAGCUUUGGCAGGGAGACGACGAGGAACAGGAAGUGAAUCGCUCUGUCACUGAGCUUCUGUUGCUCAAUGCUUCACAAAGGUUAAUAACUCUGUAUACAUAUGUGCCAUUUCAUGUUCCACGUGUAGAUACCACUAUUUAUCUGACAUUUCAUUUAUAUUGAACUCUUAACAAGCAUAUUCUACACCAGGCGCCUACUGGGGAGAAAGUGUUGUCGGGUGAGAGAAUGAAUAGUUGCUCUGACCUUUCCAGUUUGAAGGUCUCUAGUCGAGACCAGCGGAGUCCAUCUUUAAAACAGAGAGCCGGCUUAUUUAAAUCUGAAUCGACACCAAAUGUGGGUUGCAUGCAAGCCACAUGAGCACUAGAGAGCGGUGUUUGGAAGAAUGUAAGUAAUAGACCAAAAUAUACCCAAUUGGGAAUCCUUCGCACAAAAUCAUUGUUUUAUUGUAGACAUGAAAAUAUGUUGAGGGUAAUCCUAUAUUCCCGGUGACUCGCAUAACGUUUUGUCUGCAAAGUCAUUCCCAGGUGAACAGCUAUCACUUCAUGGCAUUUAAUACAUCAUUUCUGCUUUUUAAAUUGUGCCGUGUACAUUAUAUUGCCAAGAAUAUGGAAGUGCUUGCUUUGCUUGUGACUGCAGUCGUCAUUCUGAGUUGCUUUAUUUGCGCUGCUUGCUGUUGAAAUAAGCAUAAAGAGCCAUAGACUAAAGAGAAUAAAAUAAAAAAAGAUCAGCGGAUCCUGUGACGACACCGUGAUAGAUUUUAUAUUCUUUGGGCCGUUCUGCUUUCCUUCUAGCGUACAUUAAGUUGUCAUGCAGGGUGUCCCCAGUGACGGCUCGCCAUAGUUCAGUUCAGGCUGCUCCAACUGAUGAAAACAGAUUUCUUUCUAGUGUUUUCUGGGUAUAUCACUGCCCAUUUCUAAUAACCCAAUUACACUUUACCCUCAUGACAUAUUUGGUGCGUCUGGUUUCAUUUGCAGCUGUCUGUCCUCAUUCUAAAGCCCUCUGUCCAAGUAUGAGCCACCGCAGCUCUCCAUGUUGCAGAGGCGGUGCGUAUGAGCACAUACUUAAGCAGAGGGUGGGGAAGCUGGAAUUUCGGCUGUCAUCCUGCCCCACCUUUCUCCCUCCGACGAGAGGUUUUCAACUCGGUACCUCAGAAAAAUAAAUGUUUUUUAAAAAUAAAAAUCAAUGUAAAGUAAGCUUUAUUCAGAGUCCUGUGUGGCUUUCUAACAAUUUGCGUACAGUGUAAAACUAACUGCAUUGAAUAUUGUGUACUGUAGAAGAGGGCAGGGGGGAAGGUAUGAUCAACUCAGGAAGUGAAAUUUAAAUUAUAUACCAAUAGUAUGAGGACAUCGUAUUUAUAUUCAUUUAGUACAUAAAUACACCAAUAAAAAGACAUAACUGGAUAUUCACGAGUUUUAAGGUUGUGACAUUGGAAUGAGUUGAGCCCGAUUUGAAGUUCAUCUUGAUUUGAUAUGAAAAUGUUCGGCAGUGUCUGUUGUUUUGUUGAUAACGUUAGAGCUCGAGUGCGAUGAGAUUGGGUCUUCAACAAUGCAAAACUAGGAGGUGUGUCCUGUGAGAGAUGAUGUAUAGUGUUGAAACAUUAUGGAACUUGUAGAUCUCUGUCUUCUGAAUAAACGGUCAAAUAAAGGCCACUUUCAUUGCCAUUUUCAUAGCUGUAUGAAUCUCUGCUUAUAGCAUUUGUCACUCAAUAUAUAAUGUUAUUACCUCUAAGAAUCUGGUCUUUGAUUACUGUUUUGUUCACAUUAUUUUUACUGACAGAUUUAACGCUAGAUACUGCGAGCUUAUUAGGAUUUUUAAAAUCAAUCAGGGAUGUUUUGCACCAUGCACUGUUGCUGGGUAGAUAUGAAAUGAUUAGAUUAUUACAGUUAAGGAAAAGAAACUCAAGAAAUUAACAGUACUUUUUUUUGUAUUUCAUUUGUUUUCAAAUCAAUCACAAUUUGUCUCUGUUACAAGAUAUAAAUAAAACAUAGAAUUUGUA